AUGUGGGAAAAGGCAACAAGUGUGAGCAAAAUGUCCCUGAAGCUCCUCUCCUUCUUCCUCUGCACCCUGACUGCACCCAAUCUCACAGGGAAGAUUGGUGAAGACACUUGGUUGCCAGCACCUCAGAAUAUCUCCAUGCUUUCUACCAACAUGAAACACUUCUUAACUUGGAAUCCUGUGAUCUUCCAGGGAGAAACCGUGAGAUACUCUGUUGAGUUUCAAGGGGAAUAUGAACGAGAUUAUGGCAACGAAAGCUGGAUCCCCACCUGGGAAUGUUCCCUCAUCACAGCUACAGUGUGCAACCUCACCGAGGACAUCUCAGCCCCCGUGCCCUACAACCUCCGUGUCAGGGCACACGUUGGGCUGAGAAGAUCAGAGUGGGGCAUCCUGAAAGGUUUCUUCAACCCCCUCACAACUUCCCUGACCCCACCUUUGAUGAAGGUGAUAGCAGAUGGGUAUCACUUACUGGUGGAACUGGAAGACAUGGGGCCAGCCUUUCAGUUCUGUGUUCUCUAUUGGAAGAAGGGCCAGGAGAGUAGGAUGCAGCAGAAGGUGGUGAAAGAGGUCAGAUCUGUGGUUCACCUGGACAUCAUGGAGCCAGGAGCUGAUUAUUGUGUGAAAGCUCAGACAUACGUAGAGGUGAUCAACAGGAGCAGCAGCUUCAGCCAGACACAGUGUGUGAGGACACAAGGUGGCAGAUCCAUGGGGCUGGUUACCAUCCUCAUCCUCGCUGCUGGCUUUGCUGUGGCUGCCUUGACCCUGCCUUUUCUCACCUGGAAAACAAGUAAAAUCUUUCAGUAUUCUUGCUGCCCCAUUGCUGUCAUUCCAGACACACUGAAAAUAUCCGAGCCCCCCAGCCACCUAAUACUGUGUGGCAGUGAAGAAGCUGAGCAAUGUGACCUGAUGGUGCCUGUGAUGCCCUCAGAAGAAGUUCUCCAGCUGUGGAUUCAAGAAACACUUUAG